CGAAUUGAUUGUGAUUCUCAAUUGUAGCAGGGCAAUCAAAAUUUCAGCAACUGCAUCUGGCACAAUUGCACGCUGUGUAAAGUAGGAAUUUCACUGACCGGCAAUUCACGCUUCGGCCCAUGCGCUCGGCCCAAAAGACCCUUCCCACAGCAGAAUCCAGUCAUUGCCGCCGCCAUUCAACAGUCUUGUUCCUGCGCCAUCCGCGCAGCACUCCACCAGCCUGUGAAAUGGCCACAACACACGACCUAAAUGCCGCCCUGGGUACACAGGACGCGAAUUCGACCACUAAGAAGCGGACACACCCCGAGGACUUUAAGCGCGCCUACAAGGCAUGCAUAAAUUGCCGGCAGCGUAAGGCAAAAUGCAUCCUCGGUACUGGCCCGGAUGGUGGUGAGCUCAAGCCACCAUGUCAAAGAUGCAAGCGAGAGAUGCGAGAAUGUAUCUUUAGGUCUGAGCGAUCAUGGGUGAAAAGGCGGAAGCCUGGGGAGUCGAGAGAUGAGGAAGAGGAGAUCAGCUUUGGUGACUCGAGACCUCAGACUCAUCCUCCUGGUCCUGUGCCUUCCUCAUCUGUGCCUGCACCCGCCCAGCCGUCGCCAGCUCAGCGUUCAUCUAUCUCAGGCCAUGGUUUCACUCCUGUGCAAAGCCCUUAUCUCAAUGGGCACUCACAUCGCUCUGACAUCUUAUCGCCACCGUCUCAUCUUCGGCGGGUUUCGUCUCAGCCCGAUCUUGCCCAUUCAGUAAUGAGGACCGUUGUCUCCAGCGGCAGCGAUGCACUGAAUUUGCUUUUUGAAGCCGCCAACCACCGCGAUGCUAUCGACAACCAAGAAGCGAACGGCUCGCAAGCGUAUGAGACGCCAAGAUCAGGACCAUCUGGUGGGUUCGACGCUGCAUCGCCGUACCACACGUUCCGAGCACAGCCAGUGCAGAUGUCAACACCAUCGCCAGAGACACUGAAAAUAUGGACAUCGUGUCGAUUCGUGCAGAUGGGCUGGUUCUCCGCGCACGAAGCCGUCACGUAUGUCGACCUCUUCUUCAAGAAUUGUUCACCUCUGUCGCCUAUCCUUGGCGACUUCUACUCACACCAUGAUAAUCACUACGCGCUGAUAGCGCUGGACCCAUUCUUAUGUGUCACCAUUCUCAUGAUUUCAUCUCGUUAUAAUAUCCUGCCAGGAGUGGGGGGCGCAUCAAGAGGCUAUUUCGUUCACGAUCGAUUAUGGGAACAAUGUCAGCGCUUCAUCAUGAAGAUCAUGCUCGGCCAGGUAAAGCCGUCAAAAGCACAGAGCCGGACAAUUGGAUCAAUUGAGGCGUUGUUACUGCUCUCAGAAUGGCACCCACGCGCCUUGCACUUUCCCACUGCAGCGGAUGGGUGGGACUGCGAGCUCAUGAUUGGCGCCAAUAACACAACCGCAGAAGGUGCGAAGCUGCUAGAAGGGGACACAACAUCGAGUCGAUGGCUAGAGGAUGUCAUAGAGCCUGCGAAACGAUCGGACCGCAUGUCGUGGAUGCUGAUGGGCUCCGCUCUGUCGCUGGCCCAAGAGCUGGGCUUGUUUGAAGACAACGCGAGCAUUGACAAAGACCAAAGAUCGUAUCCGAACUCAGGUACAGAGUUCCUAGUAUUACGGCGCAUUCGGGCCCGCAAGCUGCUUUACGUCCUGCUCGAGCAGCUGUCGUGGCGACUUGGUUGCACUUCGAUGAUACCGCAGAGUUUGAACCAUGCUCUGAUGGAGAAGAUACCCGUCGACUCCGCCACAGGUGCUGUCGAGCAGUGGCAGUCGUUCAUGAGCGCAUGGGUGGAGCUUACCAAACUGGCGCGCUCUGUUUCUGACACCAUCUAUCCUUCGGCAGCGACUACGAAGAGCUUGCUGCGUACAGGGAGAUACAUUGGCUUGCUGGAGCACUUCCAGCCACUGCUGACAUCAUGGAGGAAGAAGUAUCUAGACCCCUGCAAGCUCAAGGUGGGUCUCCACGACAUGCUUACUAUCGAAUACCAAUACGUCCGCAUAUACACCAACUCGGUCGGCAUGCAAGCUGUUGUCGAACGCACUCUCGCCGAGACAGACAACGAUGUGCCUCAAGACGAGAUCUUGCCUAUGAAUCUCGAGCCCAGAGACUACGACUUCAUCCAAGAAGUUGUCGACGGAAGCUGUCAGAUUCUGCAGAAGGUGGUGCAGCUGUCAGAAUCAGGUGCCCUGCGCUACUCGCCGGUGCGGAUAUUCUUGCGCAUAACAACAUCCUCGAUAUAUCUCAUCAAGGGUCUGAGCUUGGGAUCAAGGAAUCAGAAACUGCAAUCAUCACUUGACAUCUUGGAUGCAGCGAUCCGCGCUCUGCGUGCGAGCGUACUCGACGACAUGCAUCUCGCGUCCCGCUACGCAACUCUCCUGGAACUGCAUGUUGCUCGCCUCCGCGACUCCUUCGUCGUGUCCUCCCGCCCUCCUCGCAUUCCCUCACGCGCCACAUCCGCCGAGCGUAAUGGCACAACAGGGACCAUGGACUUCCUUAACAGCCACGCUGGACAGUCUGCGCUUGCUGGCCUGGCAGGCGAUGUUACAGGUAUGAUGCCUGAUGAUGAUUGGUUGGCGCUGCCUUUUGAUCCCGCUAUGGCUCCGUUUGGGCUCGAUAACCAGCAAAAUUUCCAGAGCUUUGAUGAUGGGACUCUGGAUUUUAUUUGGAAUUUACCGAUGUAGGGUGGUGGGUCCAGACAUUGUAACAAAAGGGAGAACUUGUGGGUCUCGCAGACGAGUGGCCACGAUCAGUGGUUUAGACGGAUGUGAACCAUGGUUGCAUCUGCAGUUUUAAGCUGCCUCCUAUAAUAUCUAAACAGCUUUGUGCAUCAUGUCCGACACACUACAUCUCAAGCAAACGGAAUCUC